CUUUCUUCGUUGAAGUUCUAGAAGCCAUGGCUACGUUUUUCACUCUGAAUACUGGAGCAAAGAUGCCCUCGGUGGGAUUGGGUACAUGGCAGGCUCCGCCUGGAGAAGUUGCAGUUGCUGUCAUUGCUGCUGUCAAGGCUGGUUACCGACAUAUCGAUUGCGCUCAUGUAUACGCCAACGAGAAGGAGGUUGGUUCGGCUUUGAAGAAGCUAUUUGAUGAGGGUGUAGUCAAGCGUGAAGAACUGUUUAUCACCUCUAAACUCUGGUGUGCAGAUCAUGCACCAGAAGAUGUGCCAGUAGCGUUGGAUUUAACAUUGAAAGAGUUACAGCUUGACUAUGUAGAUCUUUACCUUAUCCAUUGGCCACUUCGGGUCAAGAGAGGGGAUGGCACUAGCUCUGCAGACUCUGUCCUAACCAACAUACCUGCUACAUGGGCAGCAAUGGAGAAAUUAUAUGAUUCGGGUAAAGCUCGUGCCAUCGGCGUGAGUAAUUUUUCUACCAAGAAGUUGGAGGAUUUGCUCGCUAUUGCACGUGUGCCACUGGCUGUCAACCAGGUGGAAUGCCAUCCUGUUUGGCAACAAGCUAAGCUUCGCAAGUUAUGUGAGUCAAAGAAUGUUCACCUCUCUGCAUAUUCCCCUCUGGGUUCACCUGGUACACCUCUUAUAAAAGGAGGCAGUAAUGUUCUUACGAAUCCUAUUGUGACUAUGGUUGCUGAGAAAUUGGGCAAGACUCCUGCGCAAGUUGCUUUACGAUGGGGGCUUCAGAUGGGUCAGAGCGUGCUUCCCAAGAGCACAAAAGAGUCAAGGAUAAAACAAAAUUUUGACAUAUUUGACUGGUCUAUUCCUGAGGACUUGUUUGCCAAGUUCUCUGAUAUUGAACAGGCUAGGCUGCUACAAGGCAACAUUUUUCUUCACCCUCAAGGCCUUUACAAAACUGUGGAGGAGCUCUGGGAUGGCGAAAUUUAAGCAUGCAUUGCCUUUUGCAUCUUAUGGGAUGGCACCAGCUUUUGCAUCUUUCUGGAAUCUUAUGGACUUCAUUUUUAAGACAUCUUACAUGUCACCUUCUCAUGUACUGGUGUAUCUAGUCCCCCUUUUCUACCAAUAAAGAAGGCAAUAAUAUCUGUUUUUGUCC